AAAAGUGUGGACAUUUCCUUUUGACAUUUCCAGCUGUCAGCUUUUGACAGUUUUGUGGUUACGAUUUUCCAUUGGAACUAUAUCUGUUGAAGAAAUUCGCGACUCUGUAAAUUGAACUUUUGUGAUCGAAAGCCAAUUACAUAAUACCUCAAUCAAAAUGUCGCAAGCUCCAGUACGUGUAUCGCCUUUAAUAAAGUUCGGCCGCUGGUCGUUGCUAUUGGUUGGUGUUGGUUAUGGAGCUUUCCAUCAGAACAGAUUAUCCAAGAAGGAAGAGAAGGUUCGUGCGAUCGAAGCCCAGCAAAAGGCAGUGCGUGAUGCCAAAUUGGCUGAAGAGAAAAAGCGUGCGGCAGCAGCCGAGGCUCGUGCAUUGGAGGAAUUGUCCAAACCAACUCCAAAGCAUUAAGUUAUUCUUUCCAGUAGGAUUUAUAUUUUAGAUUGUAUCCACCGCAAACGAAAACCUGCGAUGUAAAUAAAAACGAAGACUCGUAUAACAUCAA